CAUUAGAUACGCAAUGAUUGUAUUCCAGACUGCAGAUAUUUUCUAACGAAAUUACAGAUUUCAAUUGGAUUUUAUUCUAAAUGCAACAAUCGUUUUAGUGGUUGGAAUGUUGGAAAGUUUGGCCUAUAACAGCGGAAAUUGGAAAACACUCCUUUCAAAACAAACGUCAUUCUUUUUUGUUGAUCUGUCAGAUUGUGUUUUGUCGGCUUUUAUUGUAAAUUUUUUUGUUGGAUAAUGCCCGAUAAGGAUUAUUACUGUCAAUUUAGCAGGUGAUUAUUGAUUAUUGCUACGUAGAAACAGGGUUACAAAACUACAAAAAGGGAUAAUCAAAUAACAAAUAUUGACCAUGGAGGCGGCUCCGAGACUACCCAUGUUCUACUUUGACUUGAAAGUCUGUACUGAGAACACUAGGUUUGCCCCACAACUAAAGCAAUACAUAGCAGCCUUUUACAAUGAAGAUCCUGAUUCAUAUCUUACUGAAAUCCACAAUUUAGAGACGCUUAGAUCAGCAGCUGUACGUCCUUCCAUGGACGUAAACGGUGUCCAGUUAUUGAAAAAGUAUUAUUGUCAGUUGCAUUUCUUAAAAUCGAGAUUUCCCAUGGAAGAAAACCAAGAUGCUGCUGUACAGUUUUUGUGGAAAGACAACCAGACUGGAAUGAAUUGUGGCGGUUCCGAUAUUCGUUUCGAGCUUAUGGUGAUAAUGUACAAUAUAGGAGCUUUGCAUUCAUAUCUAGGCGCGACGGAUUCUAGAAGUAAUCCAGAUGGCAUGAAAAUGGCAUGCACGCAUUUUCAGUGCGCUGCAUGGGCUUUCCAGACCGUUAAAGAAAAAUAUCACCAGUUUAUUAUCUAUAUCUCUUCUGUGGAACUGGUACACUUUUACCAGCAGGUGUGCCUCGCACAGGCGCAGGAAUGUAUUUUGGAGAAGAGUAUGUUGGACAAUCGCAAAGCGACUAUAAUUGCUAAAGUGGCAGUGCAGGUUUAUAAUUAUUAUAGGCAGUCGUGGACUAUUCUAAACAGUACAAACGACGAAAUCGUUGGCAGCAAGACUUACAAGGAAUGGAUCAAGUAUCUCGAGUUUAAAAUUGCUUAUCACAGGUGCAUAGCCCUUCUCUUUCAAGGGCAGCAGGCCGAAGAGCAGCAGAAAAUGGGGGAGAGGGUGGCGUUUUACCAAGCCGCCUGUGAACAAUUGGAAGAAGCGAGGAAGCUGUCUACUGCAUUGAAACACAGACAGCAAGAAAUCAACGAAAGCCUGGCGUUUACCCUCGACGUGGUGGAAGGCAAACGGAAAGCCGCGAAGAAUGAAAACGAGUUUAUCUACCACGAAGAGGUGCCCGACAAGGACCACUUGCAAGAAGUUAAAGGCGCUUCGCUGGUCAAAGGGAUUCCGUUUAGUGUUAACGAUACCGAGGUGUCCGGUUCUGAUAUUUUCGCUCGUCUGGUGCCGAUGGAGGCCCACGAAGCGGCGUCUUUAUACAGCGAGAAGAAAGCGCAAAUGUUGAGGCAGAUAGGAGAAUUGGUGGAGAACAAGGAUCAGUCACUCGCUGAAUUUAUGUCAUCGAUGCAAUUAGAUUUGUUGACGAAGAUGAAUCAAGCGACGGGAAUCCCUCAAGAGCUGAUCGACAGAGCAGCGGCAUUGUCGGCUAAGCCGACGGCUACCCAGGACUUGGUGGACAUAAUGGGGAAGCUUUCCAACAUCUACCAGGAGGUCGAGAGCAACUUGAACGAGAUCGAGGGGUUGCUGAAGCAAGAAGAGGAGGCCGAGAAGGGGUACCAAGAACUGAUGGGCAAACGUCCUCCCGGUAUUAUAGCCACGGAUCUGGCCAGAGAGGCGGCCAAGUACAAGGAGGCCCACACCAAGGCCAACGAUUCCAACCAAACCCUGCACAGGGCCAUGAUGGCCCACGUGGCCAACUUGAAGAUCCUCCAGCAGCCGCUCAGGCAGCUGCAGCAGCAGCUGCCUUCCGUCGAACUGCCGAACGCCAACAUAGACGAGGCCACCCUGAAAGACCUGGAGACGUUGGUGGCGAAGGUGGAGGAGAUGAGGACACAGCGAGCCAUGCUGUGGGCGCAAUUCCGGGAGGGCGUGCACAAAGACGACAUCACCAAUUCCCUGGUUACGAAACAGCCGAAUCAGUCGUUGGAGCAGCUGUUCCAGCAGGAGCUGCAAAAGCACCAGCAGUUGGUAGGCCUGAUCGAGCAGAACUGCACUGCCCAGGAGAACAUCAAGAAGGCCCUGGUGGACUGCUACGCCAAAGCGGUGAACACUAGGCGGUACGUUCAGGAGGUCAUCCAGAAGAGGAACAGCACCAUCUCCGCCCUCAUCACCUCGUACGACUCCUACGAGGACCUUCUGGCCAAGGCAAACAAGGGCAUCGAGUUCUACACGAAACUGGAGACGAACGUGUCCAAACUCCUUCAGAGGAUCAGGAGCGCUUGCGAGGUGCAGCGAGAGGAGAGGGAACAGAUGCUGUCGAAGAGCGACGCGGGGAAGACGGACGAUACGGCCGCUGUGGCUCCGGUCGCUCCCGCCUCGACGGCGCCUAAGUUGAAGGACUAUUUGGAAUCGAGGAAGAAAAAUGCCGGCGUCGCCGGAGGUUAUCCCGAUCCGAGUUUGCAGUACCAACAACAGCAAGUAAAUUAUGGCUUGAACGCAUCCCAAAGCAUACCCGACACACAAUCAUGGCCGCCCGCUGUUCGACCCACACCCGUAGGUUCCGAAGUUACGGAUCUACCGAAAAGCGUUGGCCAGGAAAAUGCAAACUACCCCAACGCCAACGCUCAGUACGGUUACAGCCAGCACCAGCUAGGAACGAAUAUUCCAUACCCGUACCAAUCCUCCGCCGGGUAUCCCAACCAGCAGCACCCGGUCGACCAGGACAUCAUCAACAGAAUGAACUCCCUCCUGUCGAAUAUCAAAGGAGAAACGAAACCUUCCCAACGCAUUACUCAGCACUCGUACAGCAACUACAUCCCGCAAAACUACGCGACGACGGCGUAUACUUACCCGACGCAGCCCGCGCCGCAGUCGGAUCCCGCGGUGACCAGCUACGACCCAACAAAAGCCUACACGACCACGACCAAUUCAUACAGACCGCUUUCCAGUUACACGGUGCCGGACAGCACCAAUACCCACAUGCAGUAUCCCAAUUCCAGCCUGGGCGGUUCCGGGAACGAACCGACCACCAGCAACGCGUACCAGUACCCAAAUUACUCCCAGCAAGGUCAGAACGUCGGAUAUUCCCAGACGGAUGCGAACCAGACCAGUUCGUAUAGUCAAGGGAAUGUUAACUGCUACUACCCCGCCGGGUACGGACCGGGCUAUAGCGGUCAGAGCCAGGGCGGUGCAGAUCAGAGCGGUGGCGCACCCGGGCAGGUGCAGUACCACUCGUUGCAGUACGCAACAUCAGUGCAGCCUAACCAAACGAAUUACUCGUACAAUUCCACUUAUUCAUCGCCGAAUUUCAACACGUCCAGUGCAAAAGCUGGGGAAGACAAACACAUGGCCACCGGUUUAAAUGCGGCAACCUCUCAAGCCCAAACAAAUUACUCUGCUACGGUUGCUUCUCAACCCCAGUACAUAAAUCAACAGUCUUAUACACCGAGUGGGACACCGACUCUUCAACAAACAGGCUCUAUGGCAGCAGCCCGCCAAACGUAUUCGCCUUAUCAAAACCAACAAAUACACUCCAGUGAUUCUGUUCCAUCGGUUUCCUAUCCUGCCACCGGCACUCAACCAACAUAUCCCCCUUCUGCCACUCAGCAAACUUAUCCCACUUCUGUCACUCAAUCAAGCUAUCCCACUUCUGCUACUCAGUCAACUUAUCCCGCUUCUGCUACUCAACUAAAUUAUCCUGCUUCAGCCACUCAGCAGACUUAUCCCCCUUCUGCCACUCAGCAGACUUAUUCCCCUUCUGCCACUCAACAGACUUAUCCUCCUCCUGACACUCAAUCAACUUAUCCAGCUUCUGCCACUCACCAAACUUAUCCCACUUCUGCUACUCAGCCAACUUAUCCCGCUUCUGAUUUAUAUCAGAAUGGUCCGAGUUCUUCAUACGGCACCGGCACUCACCUGUCGUAUCAAACUCAUUCCACUGUCUCGAAAGAUGCCCUUCACUCGUAUCCUUCUGAAGCGCAGCACUCUUAUUACCCAACAGAAGCACAUCAGGGGUAUUCUAACCCUAAUACACCUCAGUUGUACCAAACGGGCAGCGGUUCAUCCAUCGCCGAUCAAAACGCUGGUGCAGUGGGAUAUUCCAGUUAUUAUCCUCAGGCUUAUACCCAGUACACUGCUAGCCAAGCGCAGGUGGGGCAACAAGCCGCCACCCCUACAGCGAAUAAAACCAAAGAAUCCAAUGUCGAUCUGCUAAGCGGCCUGGACUUCACCAUCAGCCAGGCGCCUCUUAUCCCGCAACAGAAUGUCGCUUCUAAGUCCGAGACUGGCGAAGUUAAACCCUCCGACGCAUCUGAGAGUAAAACGAACGUGUCGAAACCCGUGCCUCCUAAAGAAGAACGACCCGCCUUGCCCGAGAUUAAAAGACUAAACGUGAAGAUACUGCCGAGCAAGCAGCUGAACAACAACGACGUGAAAUGCCUUUUUAUGCAGGAGAUCGAGAAGUAUGAAAAGUAUGUGGAGACCCUGACGAAUAAGACGUUGAGCGGACCGACCAAUCUGGACAUCAAGUGGAAGGAGAUUCAGGACAAGCAGGACGCCGAGGGGCAGAAGAAGAUCAUCUCGGUGGCGAGGUGUUACCCGAUGAAGAACCGUUUCCCGGAUAUCCUGCCUUACGACUAUUCCAGGGUGGAGCUGCACGGGACUAAGGACGAUUACAUCAAUGCAUCUUACAUAUACGAUGUGUCUCCCUACGCGCCUUCCUUCAUAGUGACUCAGACGCCAACGUCGUCAACUUCCGGCGAUUUCUGGACUAUGAUCAGGGAGCAACAGGUCGAAUUGAUAUUCUGCGUGUCCAACGACACAGAGAUCGGACAGGACGUUUACUGGCCGAAAGAGAAGGGCCAGCAUCUGAACGUCCUCAACAUGGUGAUAUCUUUGCAGAGCGUGAUAGUAAAGUCCCAUUGGAUAGAAAGACUGAUCUCCGUGAACUUGCCCGAGAAGAGGGAAUCGUGGGUCGUGAUGCACCUGCAGUUCACUUCCUGGCCUGGAAGUUUGUUCCCCACCUCCCCCGAACCGUUCAUCGCCUACGUCCUGGAGCUGAUAACCCUGUACCAGCAGCAGCGGUGCGCCACCCACCCCGUAGUCGUCCACUGCACCUCGGGCAUCGGCAAGAGCGGUCUCGCCUGCCUGCUGACUGCCGCCAUCUACGACGUGACGAACAACUCCAAUUCGGUGCCUGACCUCGCCUGUCUCGCCUCCAAGCUGACGAACUGUCGGAAGAACAUCCUGCGGGACAGGGAGCACCUGAAGUUCGCCUACGAGGCCUUCCUCUCGUACAUGAAGCAGAUCGUCAAUCAGGAGAGAAUGAAGAAACGGCUGAACGAGAUGGUGCCCAAGCAGCAGGAAGAAGCGAAGCAACCCUUAGAGGUAGCGGAGAAGAACGAGGACCCCCUCAGUUCCUUGGACCCGUUCUGGGCCAGCAAGAAGUAGGCUUCACGAAAUAUACACAUAAAUUUUUAAGUACCAAGACGUGUAAAACCAUUGAUUUGAAUAUCGUUUUUACUUAUUUAAGUGCCUAUAUUAUACAAUAUAUCUCCGGGAUUAUAUUUACCGUUUUAACGUUUUAUUAUUGAGUAUUUUAAUAAUUUAUUCCUAUUUUAAAUUAUGUAAUAUAUAUAUUCGUACGAUGUGAUCAUCACUGUAAAUUUGUUAUACCAUUAUGAUUUAACAAUAAAGUGCAAGCUUCUGUA